AUGGCCUCAAACGAAAAUGAACGUGAGACUUGGGUCGGAAAACUCGAUUUUAUUCUUGCAUUGAUCGGGUUUUCUGUUGGCCUAGGUAACAUUUGGCGCUUCCCUUACCUGUGCUUCAAGAAUGGUGGAGGUAAGUCGUCAAGACGAUCACAUAACGAAUAAGUUUUAACGUAGCUCACAAAAAAAGAAAAAGGAGCUGCAACCGAACUGGCUUUGGAAUUUCUCUCUUUCGCAAAAUCGGGACUGACAGACAAAUUUAAGUUGCAAAAAGGAAAUCUUUAAUCGCAAAUGCAACAGUAUCGGUCGCAAUGCCGGGCCGUGACUGACUAUAAAUGCCACCCAGUGACCUUACGUGACCCUAUGUGACACUACGUGACCCCACGUGACCCCAAAGUCUUUCAACCGUACCAAAUUACCCCGUGAGACUCCAAGCUCUAAACAGCUAUAUAUGCAAACCAACGGUGACACACGUUGUCCUACAUUUUCGAUUUUAGGUAAAAUUAAAACAAUACUGAUAGAACCUCGAGUCCUGUCCGCUGGUCACUUGAAAAUUGUCCUCUUAAUUUUUAUACACACACACGCAGUGCAUGCAUUGUUAUAGAAUCGGAGAUUAAGGUGUUCUAGAUAACCCCGUAAAAUUUCGUCAUGUGGUGUUCAAAAAUUGGAAACAGUUCCAACGUUACCAAAAGAGUAAUCAUAUGUAUAAUCACAGUUUCAAGAAAAAGCAAACAAAAAAGUUUCACAGUCUGCGCUGUCUGCAGUCUGCGUUUUAUCAUGAUCGCUCAAGAUGUCACAGCAAAACAAAUGGACAGAGUGAAGUCUAAUUCGGUCAGAUGUACUUCGAGUGAUCACAAAAUGAUAAAUUAAUUGUAAUAGGACCAAGUGGAGUCCAAUUCGGUCUGUAAUAAUACGAGUGAUUGUCAAAACCGGACGACCGCCAAGCAGGAAUCUGAUUUGUCAACCACGAGUAUGAUUGCAGACAGAAUUGGAUGACACAAAGUCCUGUUACCAGUUUAUCAUAACUGCUACGAUUUCCGAAAACAUCAAAAACAUUAUGGUCAACCAUAUUUGGUAGAAACAAUUUCUAAGUAAAAUUCAUGUACAUUCCACAGCUUUUUUUUAGGAUACGUGGUUGUUGCUAUGGUUAUCAAUUCUGUGAUUAGUGAAUUUUGCUGAAAGGACUAAGGAUGAUUGGCUGCUUCAACUAUCCAAUUGUAGGUGUCAAAUUACAGCCACCUGUUUGAUUACAACCGUACAGAAUGAUCGUGAAAAAUAAAGCAGCUAAUGCACCAAUCACAUUUGAGAAAAUUGUAAUGGUUAUGAUUAAAGCAAUCAUUGGUCAAUGUAAAAUGCAGACCUGAGGUUAAAAUGCAGACUGAGGAUAAAAUGCAGACUGAAGACUGCAGACCAGGGGUCACAUGGGGUCACAUGGGAAUUAUAGCCAGUCAGGGCUUGCCAUUGGGACUGAUACUGUCGCAUUUGUGAUUAGAGAUUUCUCCUUUGCCCCUAGAAUUUGUCUGUCAGAUGCGAUUUUGCAACUAUUUUGCUGCUUAGCCGAUAAAAGAAUUAAAUUCAACAGUCUUGCUUGUAACUAGUAGUUGCUGAUGUGUAAUGAAAGUCUAUUGCUACCACUUUCAAGGCUGAACAAAGUACAUAUGAGCUAUAUCUAUGUUAAAGCUACCAAAUUUUGCUCAGCAGAACUGUUUAUUCCUUAAAAAGGAAAUUUAUUUAGCCGGCUGUGAACUGCAUAUUCAAACACUUUUGUUUCUAAUCAUUCUUACCUUAAAACAAUAUGUCAACACCAAAACUAUCUGGGGAAGUGAAGUUCGAAACAUCAGUUGCCAUGACGAUUAUUACCAGCCUCUCGUGACUUACAUGGCCUCCAUCCCAGCUCACUCUUGAAGUUUCUUCAAGGAAGCAGGUUUUUUUAGGAAUGACCAUUUUGCCCCUGGUCUGCAGUCUGUGUUUUAUGCUGACUGCAGUAAUCAUUGGACAAGGUUGAUAUCUAGAAUUACCAAUGCCAAGGUCUGAGUUAUCUGCUGAAGCCAAGAAACGAGAAGUGUUUCCUUUUUUGCUGCAGCUAAAUGCCAGGAGCUGAGCACAGUCUAAAAUAGACUAAAUACCUGAUCAGAAGCAUAGAAUUUCCAAAUGUUGACAACAAAUUAAUUUUUGGUAUUACUUGAGAUUUCUAAACAAACAUCUGAUAUUCUAAAGAAGUUUGGAGGAGCCUUUGGUGGAAAUUGUGUGAAAAUUUCUGACUGCUAGGCAUUUAGUCUAUUUGAGACCAUGCCCAGCUGCUGGGCAUUCAGCCACAGCCUUUUCUCCUGAAGAUUGUUCAUUAUAUGUAUCAUACAGAAGAACCUCAAUAUAAUGAACCUCAGUUAAUAUGACAUAUUCUUUGGUACAACAAACAGUACUCUUCAGCUUGAGAGCAAAAUGUUUGGGACAGAACCUCUAUUUAAAGAGCCUCGAUAUAGCAAAAUCCUUGUUAUAAUGAACACAAUCCAGAAGCCUAUAUGUAUAAUAUACCCUGAUAUAAUGAACAAAUGUCAACAUCUGACAAAUGACAGAUGUGAAACAGACCAACAAUAAUUAACAUCCUUCAAUUCUGUAACAACAGAACAACUUCAAAGUUAACAGCUCAUCAUAAAUGCCAACACUGACACUAUAGGCAGUAGGUUACUAAAACAAGGAACGACCAAAAGUGAGAUAAAUUUUUUCUAAAAAAAAAAAAAAUAUAUGACUGUUUGGAAGGGUGUGGUUAGCUGAAAAUUAUUAUGUGUUGCUAUUUAUUAGUAAAUUUUAAAGCUGUUGCUAAUGUUAAUGUACCAUGUAGGAUGUUUCCUUAUCCCAUACCUGAUCUGCUUGGUGCUUGCGGGAGUUCCCAUCCUUAUCCUGGAGGUUUCUCUGGGACAGUUUACCAGUCAGGGAGGUAUCACGGCAUGGAAGAUUUGCCCUUUGUUUCAAGGUAUUGAACUUGACAUUCUUUGAGUGAAAGUGUUGCACACGUUAAUGAGGCAAAAAAAGGCUUAUCAAUAUUUGUGUAUAAAACAUGAAAAAGAAGGCUUGUCAGUUAUUAAAGUGGGCAGUUACAUGUAAGCCCCAGGUGUUGCCUUAUGUUCUAAUAGCUCAUCUCUUGGUUUGCUGAAUGUUAGUACUUUCAAAGUGCUACUAUGGUUAGAUUUGCAUCUGUCCAAUGUUAUCUGUUUUGGAAAAAAAAUAACAAGGAAUCUGUAACAGAAGAAUAUUGUUUACUACUCUUGUUUUUAUUCAUAUCAGUAAUUUGGAAUUGUGAUACCAUAAACAGAACCCAACAAGGAUAUCUCAAUGAUUUGUUGGCAGUAUGAAGACCUUAUAAUUUUGUUACCAUAGAAACAUAACUUUGGGGUUCCAGAUCUCUAUGAUGCUAGAGGUGUAACCAUCUUGGGAUUUUUAUUCAGAUAUUUUCCAUUGAUUACUCCUCUACAUGGUCUGGCAAGUGUACAAAGGUUUUAUAUUCUCCUCUUAACCUGGUUUCACUUUCAUGACUUAAAAUGAUUAAUUUAAAAUCAUCACCAUUUACCGUAGAAAACAGUGGACAGAGAGCUACCCAGGGAGUAAAAAUGUAUGAUUUCUGCAUGAGCCCAAUAUUAAACAGAAAUGUAACUGUUUUUGGUGCAGGUAUUGGAUAUGCCAGUGUUGUCAUAGUCCAGUUUCUCAACAUUUACUACAUAGUUAUCCUUGGCUGGGCUUUGUUUUAUUUGUUUGCAUCAUUUACUUCCAAACUACCAUGGUCUCACUGUGAUAAUCCAUGGAAUACACCGCAGUGUGUAGAUUUAAGUGGUGCUGGCCCAAGUUCUUCAGACAGUAAUGGACAGAAUGUUUCUACAGUGGGAAUGCUGAAUGCAACUUUAAAUGUUACAUCCAAUGUCACUCUUCAAAAAGUUUCUUCCAGCCAAGAAUAUUUGGAGUAUGUCAGGAUAAGCAUUCUGUGCCUUUUAAAAGUGUAUUUCAAUAACCAGUAGGAUUACUAGUAUUGUUUUAACUUUUAAUGAGCAUCAUAUGUAAUGACAUCCAUAAAGUAUUUCAUAAAUUAUCACUCUCUGAAAUCCAGCUGUCUUAAGUGUCAUUUUUUUAUAUCUAUAUAUAGUGGCUAUUGUGCAUACCUUUCAGGAUGUUUUAGUAACAAUUAACUUUCUUGGGGACUCAGAAUUUUUUUCUCUGUCCUAUGCUCAUGAUAAGGCAAAAAACAUCUUUCUUUAUUUCUUCACCAAGCUCAAAACUGACCACCUCAUCUUAUUUGAUUUACAAACACAACACUAUUGACAUUGCUGAUCCUAGAAGUAUGCAGGGUGAACCUCAUAAGAGACCUCACUCACCAUAGAGUCUCUGUGUCUCAGUGGUAGAGCAUGACAGAGUGCAGAUUCUGGAAAGUCUGAGGUUCAAUUCCUCAUGGGAAUUCAGAAUUUUUUCUUUGUCCCAUGCUCACGAAAAGAUGAAAAACAUCUUUCUCUAUUUCUUUAUCAAGCUCAAAACUUACCAUCUCACUUAUUCAAUUACCUUUCUUUUUGUAAUAAUUUGUUUCAGCUAUCGAGUUCUGCGCAUAAGUGGUGGUCUUGAUGAACCAGGAAUAAUAAACUGGGAUCUUGCUUUGUGUCUGCUUCUUGGUUGGAUUAUCUGUUACCUUUGUGUAUGGAAGGGUGUUAAGUCUACUGGCAGAGUAAGUCUUACUCAUUGUACUUUAUACCUGCCUCGUGGUUUUAUCGCUCUAUAACCUUUUAGGUAGAUCUUAUUCAUUUUUUAUGCUGACUGCCUUAUGCAGAUUUGAAUGAUAUAUUUACCAAAAGGAGUCGAUCCUUUGCCUGGAGUCAAAAAGUUAGAGAGUAAUACAGUCUAUUAAAAGUAAAUUAAACCCCUCCAGGUAAAAGUCAAUUCAAACAGUCUUAAUCAUUUAAUUUAAUAUUAGAUAAAUUUUGACCUCUUUGCCCAUAAAGUGAAGAAUAACAUGCUGCAUUGUAAAAAAAAAAAGAAAAACAAACUUAAAAAAAAAUUUUAAAAAUUAUGUUUCAACAGGAUAGUGCCAGGUGGAACCACAUACCAUUAGUGGUCAUUAUCAAAAUAAUCUCAACAUGUUGAUUGAGAAAUUACUGGGCACAUGUUUGAUACCAGUUUCACAUGACAAAAAGUGUGGCAGCACAAGGAGCAACUCGUCAUUGAGUAACAAAAUCAAUACAUGGUUGAAAGGAGUAUGCAAUUUCCUUAUUUUAGGUUGAUGUUGAAUAUACAACUAACUGCAAUAUCUCAUUUCAUUCCCAGGUUGUGUAUUUUACUGCAACUUUUCCUUAUGUGUUGCUGACCAUAAUAAUGUUUCGUGCGGUAACACUUCCUGGAGCAGGAGAAGGAAUCAAGUUUUAUCUCAAUCCAAAUUUCACUCGGCUAGCUGAUGGUCAGGUAAUUUAUCCUGUAACUGGCUGCAGCCACACUGAUUAGGGGGCUUAUGCCAUCAUCCCCACAAAAGUCCUCCCCAAUUGAUCUGCCAAACUUAACAAUCAGUCAGCCAUCACUGAUAAGAUGCAUUCACUCCCCGCACUUUAACUGUACAUGAGUUAAAAGGUAUUUGAUUAAGGUAUAUAUGUGAUCUUGUCUCUAAUGUGCAUGUAGGUAUGGCUAGAUGCUGGAACCCAGGUUUUCUUUUCAUACUCUAUUGGUCUUGGAACACUUAUAGCACUAGGAAGCUACAACAAGUUUAGAACAAAUUGCUACAGGUAUCUAAUGAUGAAUGUAUAUGAACUAACUAGUAAAUUUGGAACAUAUCAGUUAUCAAUUUAUUUUUUAAAGGAUCAAGUUGUAAAGUUUUGAGUCAAAGUAUUAUUUCUGGUGUAAAUUAAUUUACAUUGAGGUAAUUCAACAUUUCUAUUAAAAUACUGUUUAUAAUCUGUGUUCUUUCACAAAGUAGGCCCUUUCCUUUACUACUUAAACAGUUGUAAGCCUUAAUUGAGAAGCUGGCCAUUUAUCCCACCAAAGUCAAUCGCAAGAGUUUGGCGGCCAUCCAUAGUUCACCUAAUGGCAUUGUGAGAAAAGUUUCUGACUUGCUAUUCUUGUUUCCUUUCAUAGGGAUUGUAUCAUAUUUGCUUGUGUUAAUAGUGGGACUAGUUUGUAUGGAGGAUUUGUUAUUUUUUCAAUUCUGGGAUUUAUGGCACAGAAACAGGGAGUGCCAGUGGCAGAAGUAGCUAAAUCAGGUAUAGUUAUGAUCUAUAAAGGUUAAGGUUACUCUAAACUACUAAAGCUAAACUACUAACACAUUUUUGGACAUUUUGAUGACAGCAAACAUUGUUGAUCUUCAUAAAUGUAUAUUUCCAAAAGUCAGCAUAUUUUGUCAUAGGGAAGUUCUCAAAAAAAAGAAAGAAAGAGCAAGAAGAGUUCUGAAGAUAAGCUAUGCUUGUGGAGAACCAUUGUAUGGUUCUUGAACAAAUGAGAUAAGACAUUACUUCAUCUUUUAUUGCAUAAGACUUGCUAAGACUAGAAAAGUAAAAUAUUAAUUCAAUGUGAUUAUCUUGAAUUUUGUGUGAACAUGAAUGAGUUUUGGAUGUCAUAUAUGGUAUGUGAAAAGGCCAAAUAUUUAAAUGUGACAGAGUUUUACAAAGGGGAAUAGGGAAACCUCUAUAAACGUUAGUUUAAGUGUCAGAAGUCAUCUUGUAGCAUUUUCUUUUGAGGAGACAGUAAGCUGUUAAUGUUCAUGUUUGGAUGGUUACUACUUUUAAAUAUAAUACCCCUUUUCAGGUUUUCUAAAUUACUUCAAAAUAAUACACAAUUUACAAAGUAUGAAAAAAAUAAUAAGUAUGAACUCGACCUCACUCUCCUGUGACCAUUAUUUUCAAGAAGAGAAAGAGGCUCUCAGCUAUGCAGACUUCAGGGUACUGGUAUGGCAAGACUUUUAUGAUCCAAGUGUUGGAAUACACAGACUUUGAUUACUGUAAAGGGACAAACAGGAAACUCAUUGUAAAGUUCCUCAAGGUGUACAAAUCCUUGCACGUCUUUCUAUCCUAAUGAAAGAGGUAAUAAAAAAAAAAUUCAACUUGGCAGUAUAUAGUUAUCAGUGGUUUAGGUGAAGAAUAGUCAACCAAUCAUGAGUGCUUUAUGAUAGGACUCCAGAUCUACAUGUGGGAAAUUUUAUCCUAUAAGAAUGCUGUCUUUCUUAUGAUCUUUCAUGAUUAUAGUAUCAUUUUAAAAUGCCUGAUUUAUAUUUUCUAUCAGGUCCUGGUUUGGCAUUUGUUGCUUACCCUGCAGCAGUGGCAGAGAUGCCAAUUGCCCCUUUGUGGUCCAUCCUGUUCUUUUUCAUGGUGAUCUUACUAGGACUUGAUAGUGAGGUAUUUGUAUUUACUAUACCAAGCUUAUUGAUGGCCUGAAGUAUGUAUUCACUUACGAGUCUUAUAGUGCUAAAGGUACUAAGUACAAGCAUGCAGCUAGAAAUUGAAGGUGGCUUUAAUGAAAAGUAUGGAGUUCUAAAAUUAUUGGGUAAAAGCCUGCUCUUCAAGAAUAAUUACUUUAUGUGUCCUAUUAUUGGAAUAGUCGUGCUGUGACAAGUCAUUGUAAACACAGCAGGUUUUUUUUUAACCAUUACAGUUUGUUGGAGUGGAAGGUUUUGUGACAGCCAUUGUGGACUUGUUUCCUCAUUAUUUAAGAUGUGGUUGCCGCAAGGAAAUCUUCAUUGCUAUAUGCUGUUUUUUCUGGUUUUUGAUUGGUCUGUCAAUGGUUUCCGAGGUAAAUGUUGCACUAUGGAAUUAACAAUAAAAUUCGUAUGUGACUUUUAUUGGUAGCUACAGUGUGAGUCUUUUAAAGAGCACAAAAAAGUAAAAGUAAUCAUUGAUGUAUCUGGUCACCCCUUUUAAGUUUCCUGACAACUUUUAAAGAUUUAUUUAUGAGCUUAUGUUGAAGAAUGAAUUUGAACUGAAUGUCUAACAACACUUCUGUUUUAUAUUUGGUUCUUAGGGUGGAAUGUAUGUAUUCCAGUUAUUUGACACAUAUUCUGCCAGUGGUAGUGCUCUACUGUGGGUCUCACUCUUUCAGAGUAUUGCUGUCGGCUGGGUCUAUGGUCAGUGGUGUAAAUAUUAUAUAAAAUGUAAAUUGAGGCCAGAAACCUGGCGAUCCUGCACCCACACCAUAAUUUAAUUUAAAACCCCUGUCAAGUUUUCUUGAAACAACUAGCCAAAGCCUAGCCUUGCAAAGUUGAGUUUCUUAAUGUGGUUACAAGAAGAAGCAGACAAUGUUUGGAAAGUAGUUGUAAUAGAGACUAUUUGUGGCAACUUUGCUACAAAUCAAGACUCACAUAAGUAGCGUUAAAAAGCUUUUCUAUUCUCAUAAUUUUUUUCUUUGCUUUUGGAUAAAUGUUCAAGGCUCACAAAUUAACCUGAACCUUUGUGAAGUUCAUUUACAUGAUUAUAUUAUUGGAAACAAUAGAAAAAGAGACAUCCUGGACAAAGAGUCAGAGAAGGGAGUAAAAACAUGCAUGUAUCAAAGAUUAAAUAUAACUUAGUUGGUUUCUUAUUGUCUUUUAUUUGUCAGGUGGAGACAGAUUCUAUGAUAACUUGGAGUCCAUGAUUGGAUUUCGCAUCAACCCUUGGAGCAAAUUGUGUUGGAAGUUUCUUACACCACUUUUCUGCCUGGUGAGUACUUUUCAAACAAUCAUGAAUUCAAGUAUAUUCACAAUGGAAAGACUUGAGGGAAUAAUAUUCACUGUGUUCAUUCUUGAUUUUUUUGAUACUGCUUAAAUGUAAUUUUUAAGUUAAAAAACGACAGAAAACAUUUUUUCUUAAUUGAUGCACAAGUUGAAAGAUUUGAAGACAGCCACUUCUUUUACGGUCCAUAAUGUACUUAAUAUUAUGCUUUUGGCACCUCUAAUGCAGAGCAGUUUGUGGCUCUUAUUUUAAAAUUCAUUUUCAGGCCGUAUUUAUAUUCAGCCUGGUGACAUACAAGCCACUGGAGUACAAUAACUUUAAAUACCCUGUUUGGGGGCAAGUGAUUGGUUGGUGUAUGGCUUUUGCAUCAAUUCUAUGCAUUCCUGUUUACAUGAUUGUGAAGCUUUACUCUACUGAAGGAACUUUAGGAGAGGUAUCUAUACACAAGAGAUAAAAAAUAUUUUGUUGUAGGCAAUAUUAUAAUGUUCUAAGGUGAGGAUGUCAAGUGUUGUGAUAUAUCAAUUGUGGGACCAAAAAAUAAAAAUAUGAGAAAUGGAAAGAAAACGGCUCAGACAGAUAAAAAACUCAGCAUAUUAUAGCGGACCUGCAACACAGGGAGUCCACAAAGAAGAUACUCACAAUUCAUUAAUUAGUCACAUAAGAAUUCUCUUGCAAAAAAUUCUUUAUUUUGUCAAGUGUGAACAUAAAGUUUUAUUGCUCUCAUAGAUCUGGGGAAUUUUAAAAGUAAGUUAUUAAGUUUUAAAUGAAAGCGUUUAUUCAUGUAAAAAAAUUUCUUCUUAACCUUUAAACAUUUUCUCUUUUGCAUUUUUAAUGAAACAUUCAAAUUAUGUCCAAACUGUUAUUGGUGUAUUAAAAAUUUUAAUCUAAAAAAAUAAAUGUGUUCAAUUUUUCCUCUCAGCGUUGGAAGAAGCUCACUACAUCUGCAAUUUCAAGAAGUGAAUGUCAAAGUGAAGAUAACCAGCAAAAGGAAAAGGAAGGAGGAAAUGCUCUUGUGUUGUCUUCCAUGUAG